GCCUGGCGCAUGCCAGAAUCGAAUCGAAUUCGUCUUGAAUAACUUUGCAUACAUUCACUCGACGUGUGGGUCUGUGCAGUGAGUUAAGUUAGCCAGGGCUAGUUAGUUAGUUAGUAAGAGUCGAGCAGGGUGGAAGACAGCCGAGGACAACGGUUUUUUUGGCGCACCUAGCCAAAAAGCAACGCGUUUGCUCCGUGUGCAACGAAUCACAUCGCACAUCAUCACCAUACAGCAGGACACAACAACGAAUUGAAACCACAACCAUGCCCAUUCACUGGGACUGGGACUGGGAGCACGAGCACGAGCACGGCCACGGUGGUGCACAUUAUCACUUUCCGCCUGGCAGGCACUGGUCGGCGGGUGAGCCCAAAUGCCGACAGCGUCGUUACUAUCUCUCCCACGAGAUGGACGUAUGCGCCCGAGAGUUCCAUCUGCGGGUGGACGACAGCGCCUGGUGCCAUGGCUCCUGUCUGGUGGGCCGAGUCGUCAUCGAGACGGGCUCAGAGCCCGAUUCGCUGGGACGGGGCACUUUUAAGGUGGUGCUGGACGUGCAUCACUUCCUGCUGGCCGAGCUGACGGUCAAGGCCAAGAACAGCGACACCAUCUGCGUCGAGGGCAAGCAGUCAGACGAGCGGGCCAACCAGGGACAGUUGUGCAUCACGCGCGAGUUUACGCGCUGCUAUAAGCUGCCACGUCACUAUGAUGCAACACAGGCGCGUGCCACAUUCUCGGCGGAUGGCAUACUGAUGGUGACGGUGCCAGCACCACCCAAACUGGAUGACGUUGAGCGUGUGGUGGAGAUUGAGUCCACGGGCAACUAUUUUGGCAGCAUUGCGGAUCCCAGUGCGGCCAAAGCCAUUGAAGAAGCGGCAGCGGCCAACGCAUCAUCCCCAGAUGGUGGCGAGGCACAGUCUGCUGGCACAGCGACGGACAAAUGAAGCUGGCGACGUCUGGCGGUUGCGCGUGCCUGGCGUCCACUCUGCAAGUGGAAGAAGCGCCUCCUGCACAGCGUGUAGCCCGUCAGAGUCGGUCGUUCAGCUUGAAAGAAGCUAAAAUGAAAACAAGUUGGAAGAGUACUCUACAAUACUCUUAUGUAGCAGACGCAGACAGCAUUCGUGGCAAAGCCAAUGCCUCACUCACCAAAUCGUGCACCUUCAAUGAUGGAGUCGCAACUCUAUCCCAGUAAUUAGUCAAAUUGUUCAUUACUUUAUUGUUAACACCUAGUGAAAUUGUUAUAAGCGUUAUCAAAUAUGGCUACUAGAAUCUUUAACUAUAACAGCAUUAACUUUAAGGUAUUUUGUGUCUUUGCUCUUGGAAUUUAUUUAAUACCAAUAAAGGACUUUAUCAUAAGCACACCAAACUGUGCUC